AUGGAGAACAGACCACAAUGUAGUAUAUCACUUGAUCUAGUUGGCAACAAAGAACUGCGAUCGCGUAUCAGGAAUUCAAUGGGUAUCGGUUAUUGGAAUGCCUAUACUAAAAGUGAAAAGUAUUUAUCUGAAAAACCAACAAAUAUGGAAAUUGAUUCUGCCGAAUUAGCAAAGCAUAAUAAGUCUGAUGAUAUGUGGAUAGCUUUAGAUCAUCAAGGAAAAACUGUAGUAUAUGAUAUCACAAAAUUUGCGGCUUAUCAUCCUGGAGGUGUUGAUAUACUGUUGGAAUAUGCUGGAACUGAUGCUUCAGAAGCAUUUCGAAUGGUAGGUCUAUUACUUUGUUCAAUAUUAACAUAA